AUGGAGCGAGUGCCGGCGCCGGUCAAGGCUGAGGCCCAGGGCCCUAUUCGCCCAUCGUCGGUUGUGCUUCUGACCGACAAGUUGGAGAAGCCGUCGAUAGACGACCGCGACUACAGGGUCAUCCGCUUGGAGAACGAGCUCGAGGCUCUGCUGGUGCACGAUCCGGAGGCGGACAAGGCCAGCGCAGCGCUUGACGUCAACGUCGGUAACUACAGUGACGAGGCUGAUAUGCCUGGCAUGGCACACGCAGUUGAGCAUCUCUUGUUCAUGGGCACGAAAAAGUUCCCCAUCGAGAACGAGUACAGCCAAUACCUGUCCGCAAACUCCGGCAACUCCAAUGCGUAUACAGCCUCUACGUCGACCAAUUACUACUUCGAGGUGGCGGCCAAGCCAGCCAAUGACCAAGAUCCGUCAGAUACCAACCCCUCGCCUCUCCGUGGGGCCCUCGACCGCUUUGCGCAGUUCUUCAUUGAGCCGCUCUUCUUGUCCAGCACCCUGGACAGGGAGCUUCAGGCCGUCGACUCGGAGAACAAGAAGAACCUGCAGAAUGACACCUGGCGCAUACACCAGCUGGCCAAGUCUCUGUCGAACCCGAAGCACCCUUACUGCCACUUUUCUACCGGUAACCUGGAGGUGCUCAAGACACUCCCGGAGGCCAAGGGGAUCAAUGUCAGAGACAAGUUCAUUGAGUUUCAUGCCAAGCACUACUCGGCCAACCGCAUGAAGCUCGUCAUCUUGGGCCGUGAACCGCUUGAUGUGCUCCAGAAAUGGACCGUCGAGUUCUUCUCCGACAUUGUCAACAAGAAUUUGCCUCCCAACAGAUGGACGGAGGAGUCCCCGUUCCGCGAAAGCGACAUUGGUGUACAAUUCUUCGCAAAGCCGGUCAUGGACACAAGAGAGCUGCACCUGUUCUUCCCAUUCAUUGAUGAAGAGUAUCUGUACGAAUCUCAGCCUGGUCGAUACUGCUCUCACCUCAUUGGCCACGAGGGACCCGGCAGCAUCAUGUCAUAUAUCAAAAACAAGGGUUGGGCAAAUAGCCUCUCUGCCGGUGCUUCUCCGAUUUGCCCUGGCACGCCAGGCGUCUUCGAAGUUCAGAUCCGACUGACGGAAGAGGGCCUCAAAGUCUAUCCUCAGAUUGUCAACGUCUUUUUCCAGUACAUUGCUCUCCUGCGCGAGACGCCUCCCCAGGAAUGGAUCUUCCAGGAGCAAAAGGUCAUGGCCGACAUAGAAUUCAAAUACAGAGAAAAGGCUCCCGCGAGCCGGUUCACGAGCAGAGUCAGCUCCGUGAUGCAAAAGCCGUUGCCGCGAGAGUGGUUGUUGAGUGGCUACAGCCUCAUGCGCACCUUUGACGCAAAUCUCAUCCAACAGGCUCUAGCCAAGUUCCGCCCAGACAAUCUUCGUCUCUGCGUCGUUUCACAAACCUUUCCAGGUACCUGGGAUAAGAGGGAGAAGUGGUACGGUACGGAGUAUACAUACGAGAGAAUCCCCAAGGAUCAGAUGGAUGAUUGGAAGCGUGCCGUGGACACUCCAAGCCAGAGCCGGCUGUCGGAGCUGCAUCUGCCUCACAAGAAUGCCUUCAUUCCCAACAGGCUCGAGGUGGAGAAGAAGGAGGUGUCGGAGCCUGCAUUGGCACCUCGGAUCCUGCGAAACGACGAAGCGGCUCGAACGUGGUGGAAAAAGGACGACACUUUCUGGGUCCCCAAGGCAAACGUUAUCGUGGUCCUGAACAAUCCCCUCGUAAACGCUUCGGCUCAGGGUUACGUCAAGGCCAAGCUAUUUACGGAGCUGGUUCGCGACGCAUUGGAGGAGUACUCAUACGACGCAACCCUUGCCGGACUCGAAUAUACGGUGUCCCUGGACAUUCGAGGCCUCUGCAUCGAAGUCUCGGGAUACAACGAUAAGCUUCCCGUUCUUCUUGAGCAAGUCACCGCCACCCUGCGAGAUCUCCCGAUCAAGGAGGAUCGCUUCGCCGUCGUGAAGGAGCGCGUUACUCGUAGCUAUGACAAUUGGCAGCUUCACUCCGCGUAUCAACAGUCCGGAGACUACACGUCGUGGCUCAAUGCUGAACAUGACUGUCUGGUCGAGGAGCUUGCCGUGGAACUGCGAGAAGUCACGGUAGACGAUGUGCGGGAAUUCCAGAGGCAGCUGCUGGCCCAGAUGCACAUUGAGGUUUACGCACAUGGCAACAUGAAUAAGGGCGAUGCGCUGAGAGCGACGGAUACGGUUGUGUCCGCCCUGAAGCCCCGCGUCUUGCCCAAGUCUCAGUGGCCCAUCAUCCGUUCGCUUAUCUUGCCUUCUGGGUCAAACUACGUGUACAGAAAGACGCUGAAGGACCCCGCGAAUGUCAACCACUGUGUCGAGACAUGCCUGUACAUUGGCGAGAAGGGCGAUCGAGCGACCCGCGCAAAGACUCUCUUGAUGGACCAGAUGAUCCACGAGCCCGCGUUUGACCAGCUCAGGACGAAGGAGCAGCUCGGAUACAUUGUUUUCACCAACACGCGGCCCUUUGCCACCACCUAUGGCUUCCGCAUCAUGAUUCAGAGCGACAGAACUCCCGACUAUCUGGACAAGCGUAUUGAGGCCUUCCUGGUCUUGUUUGGAGUAAUGCUCAAGAAUAUGACGGAAGACGAAUUUGAGGGCCACAAGCGAAGUCUGAUCAACAAGAGGCUCGAAAAGCUGCGCAACCUCGACCAGGAGACCAACAGACAUUGGGCACAAAUCUCUAGCGAGUAUUAUGACUUUGAGCAAGCCCAGCAAGAUGCAGCCCACGUGAGGGCAAUCACAAAGGCCGACAUGGUCAGCUUCUUCGAGACGUACUUUAGCCCCUUCUCGAGCAGCCGAGCCCGCCUUUCGGUUCACUUGUGCGCUAGAGGUUCGGACGAACGGGACUCGAAAGAACUGGGGCUCCCCCAGGCUUCCCCCGAACUCUUGGAAACGCCAAGCAACAUUGCAUCAGCUGUAGACUCGGCAGUCGAAAUUACCGAUGGGCGACUGUACAAGGCCGGUCUGCGGGCAAGCUCUGGAGCUCGCCCCGUCAAGGACAUUGCCGAGUUCGAAGAGACGGAUCCCAAGCUUUGA